GGCUGUCCGAGCGGAGCAGCGUUCAGGUGCCAGGGGGGAACUGCUGGGUGAAGUAGAGAAGGGAAGAGGAAACAACCUGAAGGGAAUAUAAGAGACUGCUGCUAAACAUCAGUAGUAAGAGUGGACGGUGACGCUUAUUAAGACGGAUUGAAAGCUUUUCAGACAUGUUCCGCUGAUGUAAAGCGAGAUAAUUAGGCGGUCCUGGAUUUGCUCGUCGAAGUUUUGGGUUGGAAGAAGUUCACGACGGCUCGGCUAACCACUAGCGUUAACACCGCCGGGACUAUCGUCUACCACUGACACGGACCUGCACAACAAAGAGACACAAACAUGGUGUCCUGGCUAAUCUCAAGAAGCGUUGUGCUGGUGUUCGGGACUCUGUAUCCUGCAUACAACUCUUACAAAGCUGUCAAGACCAAAAACGUCAAGGAAUAUGUGCGAUGGAUGAUGUACUGGAUUGUGUUCGCACUUUACACUGUACUGGAGACCAUCACUGAUCUAACACUGGCAUGGUUUCCUCUGUACUAUGAGCUAAAGAUAGCCGUGGUGAUCUGGCUGCUGUCCCCCUACACACGAGGAGCGAGUCUCAUUUACAGAAAGUGUCUGCACCCUCUGCUCUCGUCCAGAGAGAGGGAAAUAGACGAGUACAUCGUGCAGGCGAGAGAAAGAAGCUAUGAGACCAUGGUCAACUUUGGAAAACAGGGUCUGAGCAUCGCAGCCACUGCUGCUGUCACUGCAGCUGUCAAGGGUCAGGGCGCCAUCACGGAGAAGCUGCGCAGCUUGAGUAUGCACGACCUCACCCAGAUAGGCCAGCAGGACCUCAGAGGAGGAAACCAGCUCUACGAGUACAGCUCGCACUCUGCCAACCCCGCCAUGAGGAGAGCUCAGAGCAGUGACGCCGCAGACGAAGCUGAGUACUUUUACGACCAAGAGGAGAGGACGGAUGAAGACGCUGAGGCAAUCUUCUCUGAAGACGAGGCUGUCACUCAGAAAGGACUGAGACGAUCACAGAGUGUAAAGAUCACACGGUCCAGAGUCCGCAAAGAUGCUCGUUAUGGAUCCCUGAAGAUUAAAGGCAAGAAGAGACCAGCCCUGAGCUCCGUGAACUACGGACUGUGAAGAGACUUCUGCUGACACAUAAUUACACAUAACAGACACACAGCAGAGCUGUCUGCUGAUUGGUAGAUGGUAUUGUCAUCUUAUGUUCAAACCUUACUCUUGUCUUUUAAUUUCUGCUGAACUCUUAUCCCUUUGGUGACAAGUUUUCUUCUUGUUACAUAUUUAUUACCGACGUCAUUCAGAAACGAUGACCAUCAGAGAAACCAGCGACUCUGUAGGAACUGUUCUCUCUCAGAAACCAGCGACUCUGUUGGAACGCUCUCUCUCUCCAAAACCAGAGACUCUUCACAGCUGUUUUCACACAUGUUCCCCCUAAAUGUUUCUAGAAGAUUUCAGGACAGGCUGCCUUUAAAAUGUUCCAGCCUUUGCAUCUCACAGCUGGAGACCUUCACUGUUGGACAGGAGGUGGGGGUUGUUAAAAGCCAAAGAGCCAAAGAGUCCAUCGUAUGACGACAGUUUUGGCCCUAUAUGUCAAUGCAACGUGUAAUUAGCGAAUCACAUUAUUAUGAGAAGCAGCUUCAUUAUGGGCCACAGAUCAUGCCGGUUGCCCAGCAGUCACAUGCCGUAUAAAUGCCGUCAUCAAAACCCGCUGAAUCGACUUCAAUUUCACAGAAUAUUAACCUGCUGCAUGGACACAUCGGCUCGCCCUUGAAGUUUUGGGAAAUUUUUAUGAGUUUUGUGCAUGUGUGAAAACACCUAUUAACUCUCGAGGGACCCAUCGGCUCUAAGAGAACAUUUGACACGGAGAUGUUUUUCUUUUAGUUUUACAGAAUACCUUCUGGAUGGACCCUGUUUAAUCUGUAUUUCAUUGUAGAUUAUUUGUAGUUUUUGAAGUUAUACAUGUGUAGUCUUUUGAGUUUUUAGAUCCAUCUGUCUACUAAGGUUAUUUUGCUUUAUUUCUUACAAGGUGUGGGAACCACUUUCUAAUAAGGUAUUCUUGGAAUUCUCUUCAUACAUUCAAUACAUAAAAAAUAGUUGAAUCAUUUACAAAUCCUUUGGAGGACUGCUAGUAGCCGUAAUGAAUUUUUAAAUGUAAUUAAAAAGUUUUUGAAAAAACAAAACAAAACAAAACAAGGCUUAUCCACAAAAGGAAGCCAAUGGGAAAAUGCAGUUCCUCAAGUUUCCACUUGAGGCUGGCUCCAAUAAGGAAGGAAGUCCCCUUAGCAAUAAUAUUAAAAUGCCCUUUUUUUUACAGCAGAAAUAAACACAUUUACAGCCUGGUACAAAAACAGUUUUAGGCUGAUCAGUCGGCCAAAAAAGCCCCUGCGAAGCCAAUGAAUGACAAACAACGUCCAUGUUUUAUCCAGUCUUAUGGCUGGGUCUCAUUUUAGGGAGUAGCAUCCUUCAAAGAAUCCAGCCUUCGUGGCCUUCUUAGACCGCUCAAGCCAGUCUGUAAUUAGACAGUCUGAUCUACAGGGGAAACCAGCUGCCCCCCCACCCCCACCAACCACCAUUUUGGUUUCAAAGCGCCUCUGUUGCUUAACAAUCUUAAAAAGCUGCUCCAGAACUGGUGAACAACAAACUUAUUAUUUUUAAGAUAAUUAGAAGUCCCCCUUUGCUUUUUGAUAUUAGAGUUUGAUGAUAUUCAAUUGAGUAAUAUCAAAUUACUCACUUUUGAGUGUAAUCGUCUGCCGCUUCCAGCUCCUUUAGAUUGGCACGCAGUGAGUCAGGAUACGUUGGGUCCCAAAGGUUGCUCUGGAUAGGGAUCCGUCGUUGGCUGGGAAGAAGCACAGUCUUCAAUGCCCCUCUAUGAGAAAUCAAUCUUCUAAAGCACACUACGAAGGAUGCAGCCCCUGAAACUGAACCGAGCUAAUGUUCCAGACUUGUCUUCUAUCUUUCAGCUCAUUGUUGUUUUAAUGUUUCACCUCCCUCUUGAUGUGUCUUUAAACUCCACUGCACACCACCUGCUCAGAAACAAACAGCAUGAAGUUGGCGACUAGCUGCGAGUGUAAUAUUAGAUAUUGAAUUGCAAAAUCUUUUCUAAAUGUAUCUGAUAGAAUGUAAGUUUCAGCAUGUAUAUAACAUAAUUUUACAUGUAAAUCUUCAAAUAACAUCAAAAGCUUUUUAAGAUUAUACUCUAUAAAGAACACCUUAUUAACUCGUGGAACCAGUUUUGUGUCUGUUGCCUUUCAGGUAUUUUAAAAAAAUGAUCCUCUUCACUCUACUAAUAGAGGUGAUUCUAACGCUGAGCGGCACAUAUAGGUUAAGACACUAUGCAACAUUCCCUGUUACAGAAGUGACAGCAUGAAAGGAGAGCAGGAAGCCAACAUCCUCCGUUAACCUUAUGAGACAGUGAAGUUUUAAUGUCACAGACGUGGAGGUGAGCCAGUCAGCAGAUAAAGGAGGAGGGAGACUGACUAGACUCAAAGGGAAGCAAAAAAUGAUUCAACUUUUAGUUUUGAGACCUUCAGCCUUUACAGAGACCCAGAGCUCCCGUUCAUUAAUGAGGAUUUCUUAUUUUCCUGCUUUAUACUUUUAAUUUUAUAAGGUUAUACGCCUGGUUGUAAAUUUCACUAAUGAAAAUUAGAAUUUACACUAUUUUGCUUUUUGGUGUUUGUGUGUAUUACCUUUAGAUCAAAAGGAGUCUUUUAUAUUGUAACCACCUGUUUUUGCACAUAUUCCUCCUCCCAAACCGUUUUAUCAAUGCUGUUGUUGCGUGUCAUCUCAUUUUUUUUUUUUUUUUUUUUAUGUUCUUUGCUUUGGGAGGUUGCAGCACACAGCUAAUACCAACAGACUCUCAUGACGUUUUCAAGUUUGGCUUGUUUUUUUUGUCCUCAGUGCUGCUCUGGUGAUUAGAUGUUGAACAUCUCACCACCAAGUGGAGGUGGUGCCCUUUGGUCCGAGAGACUGUUGCUUAAGUAACAUCAUCAACAGAUCCAAAGUCGCAUAUUACACCUUUACGUUUCCUACACGAGGACAAAUCAGUGUCACUGGUGACAGAUUGGCAGAUUUUCUACUGUGCUAGCCAAAUCUUUUUAAUGUCAUGAAGUCCUUUUAAUGCUCAUAACUCACUAAUGAUACCAAAGCUUUAUGGCUGUGCGGCUGCGCGGGUUUAGGAUUUGUGUUGGGAAAUGUCUGGAGUGUGUGUGGAUUAUAAAUAAAAUACAGUAAAUCCUGUUUGAGUGUUGUAAGGGCAAUAAAAAAAGAGUAUGUUUUUGGAUUGUUG